CCCGAAAAAACCAAAAGGACAGAACAAAACAGCACAAAUGGGUUACAACGUCGCCGAAGAGGAAAAGAUCUUCCAGCAGGAGGUCCAGUCGGUCCAGCAGUGGUGGAAGGAGCCGCGAUGGGCGCACACGAAGCGACCCUACACGGCCGAGCAGGUCGUCUCGAAGCGCGGCACCAUCAAGCAAGUCUACCCUUCCAACGAGCAGGGCAAGAAGCUCUGGAAGCUGCUUGAGAACCGCUUCGCCGAGAAGACGCCCAGCCACACCUACGGCGCCCUCGACCCGGUCCAGGUGACGCAGAUGGCAAAGUACCUCGAGACCGUCUACGUCUCCGGCUGGCAGUCGUCGUCGACGGCCAGCAGCACCAACGAGCCCGGUCCCGAUCUUGCAGACUACCCUUACAACACGGUGCCCAACAAGGUCGAGCACCUCUUCAUGGCCCAGCUCUUCCACGACCGCAAGCAGCGCCAGGACCGCCUCUCGCUUUCGGCUGCGGACCGAUCCAAGACGCCGUACAUUGACUACCUGCGCCCUAUUGUUGCCGACGCCGACACGGGCCACGGUGGUCUGACGGCCGUCAUGAAGCUGACGAAGCUCUUCGUCGAAAAGGGUGCCGCCGGCAUCCACAUUGAGGACCAGGCCCCAGGCACAAAAAAGUGCGGCCACAUGGCCGGCAAGGUCCUCGUGCCCAUCUCGGAGCACAUCAACCGUCUCGUCGCGAUCCGUUACCAGUACGACAUCAUGGGUGUCGAGAACCUCGUCGUUGCGAGGACCGACUCGGAGGCGGCGACCCUGCUCACCUCCAACGUCGACGAGCGCGACCACCCCUUCAUCCUCGGUUCGACCAACAAGUCACUUGAUCCCCUCGUCGACCUCAUGAACGAGGCUCAGCGCGAGGGCAAGGACGGUGCCGCGCUCCAGGCGAUUGAGGACGAUUGGACCAAAAAGGCUGGCCUCAAGCUCUUCUCCCACGCUGUGGCCGACCACCUGAAGGCAAAGGGCAAGAACGCCGACGCGUUCCUCAAGGAGAGCAACGGAUUGAGCAACCGCAAGGCGCGAGAGGUGGCAAAGAGGCACGGCGUCGACGAGGCCAGCGGCUUCUACUGGGACUGGGACGCUCCCAGGACCCGCGAGGGCUUCUACCAGUACCAGGGCGGCACGCAGUGCGCCGUCAACCGCGCCAUUGCCUUUGCCCCGCACUCGGACCUCAUCUGGAUGGAGACCAAGUCGCCCAUCCUGGACCAGGCAAAGGAGUUUGCCGAGGGUGUCCACAAGGUGUGGCCCCAACAGUGGCUGGCUUACAACCUCUCGCCUUCCUUCAACUGGGACGCCGCCAAGCUCUCGACGGAGCAGAUGAAGAGCUACGUAUGGGACCUGGGCAAGCUCGGCUUCGUCUGGCAGUUCAUCACCCUUGCCGGCUUGCACUCCAAUGCUUACAUCAGCGACCUGUUUGCAAAGGGCUUUGCAAAGGAGGGCAUGAAGGCCUACGUCGAGGAAGUACAGCGAAAGGAGCGGGCCAUUGGCUGCGAUGUCCUGACGCACCAAAAAUGGUCGGGCGCAAACUACGUCGACACCCUCAUGACCGACGUCCAGGGUGGUAUCAGCUCGACGGCGGCCAUGGGCAAGGGUGUGACCGAGAGCCAGUUCAAGUAAAGCACUCAGCAGUAGUAACAAUCGCCGUAGUAGUCACGGAU